GGGCGGGUCCGGACGGGGCGGGUCCGUGAGUCUCCGGCCUGAAGUAAACAGGCGGCCCCGACAGAGAGAAGCGACGCGGCCGCGACAGGAUCUCGUAAUUGACGUUCUGCCAUGUCGUUCCAAACAUGUGGACCCAACGAGGCCAUGGUGGUUUCAGGCUUCUGCCGUUCCCCACCGGUGAUGAUCGCUGGAGGCCGAGUGUUCGUCCUGCCCUGCAUCCAACAGAUCGAGAGGAUUUCCCUGAGCACCCUGACGCUGAACGUGAAGAGUGAAAAGGUGUACACCCGCCAUGGCGUUCCGAUUUCAGUCACAGGAAUCGCACAGGUGAAGAUCCAGGGGCAGAAUAAGGAGAUGCUGGCUGCCGCCUGCCAGAUGUUCCUGGGGAAGUCCGAGACUGAGAUCGCGCAGAUCGCCUUGGAGACGCUGGAGGGCCACCAGAGGGCCAUCAUGGCUCACAUGACCGUGGAGGAGAUCUACAAAGACCGUAAGAAGUUUUCGGAGCAGGUGUUCAAAGUGGCUUCCUCUGACCUGGUCAACAUGGGCAUUGGCGUGGUCAGCUACACACUGAAGGACAUCCAUGAUGACCAGGGUUACCUGCACUCGUUGGGAAAAUCCCGCACGGCACAGGUGCAGCGGGACGCCCGGAUCGGAGAGGCCGAGGCCAAACGGGAUUCCGGCAUCAAGGAGGCAAGAGCUCAGCAGCAGAAGGUCUCGGCACAGUACGUGAACGAGAUUGAGGUGGCCAAGGCCCAACGUGACUUUGAGGUGAAGAAAGCCACCUACGACACGGAGGUGAACACCAGGAAGGCUCAGUCCGACCUGGCCUACCAGCUGCAGGUAGCCAAGACCAAGCAGCAGAUUGAGGAAGAGAAGAUGCAAGUGCAGGUGGUGGAGCGGGCCCAGCAGAUCCUACUGCAGGAGCAAGAGAUCCUCCGUCGCGAGAAGGAGCUGGAGGCCCAGGUGAAGAAGCCGGCGGAGGCCGAGAGAUUCCGCCUGGAGAAGCUGGCCGAGGCUGAGAGGUUGAAGCUGAUCAUGGAGGCGGAAGCGCAGGCUGAGUCCAUACGAGUGAAGGGUGAUGCCGAAGCCUUUGCCAUUCAAGCCAAGGCCAUCGCUGAGGCUGAGCAGAUGAUCAAGAAGGCGGAGGCUUUCAAGGAGUACAAGGAUGCUGCCAUGGUGGACAUGAUCCUGGCCAAGCUGCCUGAAGUGGCCGCGGAGAUUAGCCAGCCCUUCUCCAAGGUGAAGAAGAUCACCAUGGUGAGCAGCGGGACUGGCGAGGUGGGAGCCGCCAAGAUGAGCGGUGAGAUCCUCGACAUCAUGACCAGGCUGCCCGACACCAUUGAGAGACUGACUGGAGUUAACAUCUCGCAGGGAUCCAUGAGACCGGGCCGGAUGUCGUAAGAUGGAGACGGCGGCGAGGAUGGAACUAACGGGAACGUGAGCGCAGCGGCUGUGCGUGCGAUUACCAGCGGCUCCCAUCCACGCGUAUAAACCCCCUUGUGCCACUGUUUAGUCUGCAUGUCUUCCCAUGUGGCACUGUAACCCUGUAAUCACUUAGUCAACACUUUGAAGGAAAGAAACCUACCUGUAGAGUAGUCCCACUUAAGAUAUAGGAAUCAGAGUCGACCUUUCCAGCUAACUCCAUUUGAGCCGAACUCACCCCUUGAAAUCCUGUUCCAACUCCAGUUCAUUUUAUUGUCACGUGUACCGAGGUACAGCGACUGCAAGUAUCCCAGUCACCUCUUGACUCCAAAACUCUGCCUCCACCGGAGGUUUGCGUAACCAUUCAGCCUUGCAGGGUAGAGAAUGCCAAUGAGAAUCGAGAAGAAGCCAAGAGUGCAUGCUGGAAAUCGGAAAUAAUGAGACUAACAGGUCAGUCAGCAUCUGUAGAGAAUCAAGAUUGAGAGAUCGGGUAAACAUUUAACUUGUUUUUCUAUUUUCCCGUUCUAACAAUCAUAGUCAUGAGUUAUACACCAUUCAGCCAUGAUCGUAUUGAAUGGCGGUGUAGACUCGAAGGUCCGAACGGCCUACUCCUGCACCUAUGUUCUAUGUUUUUCUAUGUAAACAAAGGACCUUUGAACAGAAACAUUCUUCUUCUUGAGUAUGGCGUGCACAGCCUAAAGUUGUAAGACAACUUGUUUGAUCUUCUGUUUGUGCAUGCCAGGUUAAUUGCAUUUGUCGAUACAGGGUGGACCACGUGAAGGUUGCAAUCUCCCACCCACCUGAUACAUUAACGAUGUUAGACACAAGAAGCUGGGGUAACUCAGCGGGUCAGGCGGCUUCUCUGGGGAAAAGGAAUCGGUGACUCACCUAUUCCUUUUCUCCAGAGAUGCAACUUAACUGGCUGAGUUUCUCCAGUUCUUUGUGUCUAUCUUCGGUUUAAUCCAGCAUCCACAGUUUCUUCCAACACAUAAACCAUGUUUCUCUCUCCACAGAUGCUGCUUGACCUGUUGAGUGUUUGCAGCGUUUUGUGUUGGGGAAUUCUAAAGAUUCCCAUCUCUCCAAGGAGAUAUUCCUCCUUGUCUGUGCCUUAAACAGAACACAUCUUGUCUCGGUGCCUGCCAGUUCCUCAGCUGACCAUUUGAGGGCAGCAUUAUCAGUGUUUUCAUAAAUUCCUAAGUGAUAGGAGCAGAAUUAGGCCAUUUGGCCCAUCAAGUCCACUCCGCAUUCAAUCCUGGCUGAUCUAUCUUUCCCUCCUAACUCCAUUCUCCUGCGUUCUCCCCAUAACCCCUGACACCCUUGCGUUCAUUGUGUUUAAAAUGCUGUAACAGUAUCAACAGCAGAGUGGAGCCAAGUGCGGAGAGGACACAGAAAUCAGGAGUAAUUUAAAUCUCCAAAGGGUUUUACUAGAAUCAUGGUCACGAUAACUGCCCCCAGGCCAAAUUACCAAAGCCAAUUAACCUACAAACCGGCACGCCCUUUGGAGUGUGGCAGGAAACCGGAGCACCUGGAGAAAACCCACACGGGUCACAGGGAGAAGGUACAAAGCCCGUACAGACAGCACCCGUGGUCAGGAUGGAACCUGGGUCUCUGGUGCUGUGAGGCAGCAACUCUACUGCUGCGCCAGAUUGAGAUUGAGAUGGGGAUUGAGAUUGAGAAUUAAAUGGGGAACUCAAUCAGUAACACUAUGAUACACUGAUGAAAAUAUUUAAAUAUCAUGAACAAAUGGAAAACGCCGACUAUCUCGCCCUCAAGUGGUCAGCAGAGGAAUCAGCAGGAACUGACACAACUCUACAAUUCCCCAGGUUCUUGAUUCCCUUGGCAGGUGAAUUCUUCAAAAAGCAUCUACCCAUGUUGAGACAUCUUUUGAAGUUGACACAUUUCACCGAGAGCACCUCGUUUUUCUAAACACCCGUCCUCUGAAUCUUUCAUAAGUUCGUGAGUCAUCGGGGCAGAAUUGGGCCAUUCGGCCCAUCUCUGCCAUUCAAUCGUGGCACAUCUACCUUGCCCUUUCAACCCUAACCGAUUCUGCUGCCUCCUCGCCGUAACCCUUGACAUCCUUACCAACCAAAAAUCUAUUAAUCUGUGCUUUAAAAAUACCCAAUGACUUUACCUCCACCGCCGUCUGUAGCAAUGAAUUCCACAGAUUCACCACCCUCUGAUGAAAGAAAUUGUUCCUUGUCUCCUUUCUAAAGGUAGGUAAUUUUAUUCUGAGGCUGUGCCCUCUGGUCCUAGACUCUCCCACUAAUGGAAACAUCCUCUCCGCAUCCACUCCAUCCAGGCCUCUCACUCUUCGGUAAGUUUCAAUGAGGUCCCGCUCACCCCCCCCCCUCGUUCUUCUCAACUCCAGCGAGUACAAGCCCAGUGCCGUCAACCCAAUCAUCCCGGGAAUCUUUCCUCAUAGGACAUCCUCUUCACCCCAGGAUUCAGCCUGGCAACCUUCUCCGAAGUGCCUAAAUACCGAUACAUCCCUCGUAGCCAAGGAGACCAAAGGUGGACGCAGUAUCAGCUGUGGUCUCAACCAUUAGUUGUACCAAGACCUUCCCCAGUAUUAAACUCCAUCCCAUCUCCUGUUCUGCAGGUCCGGUACCUUCAAUCUGAGUUCAUAAUGUGAGUUCCAUUCAGUGUUGUUGCAUGUUCCUAGGGAUCAUAACUGGAAUCACCCCAUAGGUGUUAGGACUUGUGUUCCAAGCUUAAGUAAGCAACUUUUGCCAAGUUCAAAAUCAGGUGGAGGCAAGAGAACAGUGUUUAUUUGUUGGUUACAGACCCUUAGGCUUAACUUGCCCACGCCGACCAACAUGUCCCGUCUACGCGAGUCCAACUUGCCUGCGUUUGACCCAUAUCCCUCUAAACCUGUCUCAUCCAUGUACCUGUCUAAUUGCUUCAGAAACGUUGCAAUAGUCCCUGCCUCGACCACCUCCUCCGGCAGCUCAUCCCAUACACCCAUCACCCUUUCUGUGAAAAAGUUACCCCUGAUAUUCCUAUUAAAUCAUUCCCCCUUCACCCAUGCCCUCUGGUCCUCGGUUCCCCUACUCUGGGCAAGAGACUGUGUGUCUUCACGGUCUAUUCCUCUCAUGAUUUUGUACACCUCUAUAAGAUCACCCCUCAUCCUCCUGCGCUCCAGGGAAUAGAGUCCUAGCCUGCUCAACCUCCCCCUCUAGCACAGGCCCUCGAGUCCUGGUAACAUCCUUGUAAUUCUUCUCUGCAUUCUGGUCCAACUUAACAAUAUCUUUCCUCUAACAAGAUGCCCAGAACUGAACACAACACCCUGAACACUCUGGAGAAGGGUUUCGGCACGAAACGUUGACUAUUUCCUUCGCUCCAUAGAUGCUGCCUUACACGCUGAGAUUCUCCAACAUUUUUGUCUACCAUAAAUGCGGCCUCACCAUGACCUAUGUAAAAGGGGAAAAAAAUAUUUUCUAAGAGUAUUAUCACCCUCCAGAGAGCUAUCAAGUUGAAACAUCUCUGCCAGACCUGUUCAGCGGGUUUGUAGGCUAAUUGACCGGUUAAAAAAAAAAAGAUUGUUCUUAGUGUGUCGGAUAGUGCUAGUAGUGAUCGCUGGUCGGUGCAGACUCGAUGGGCUGAAGUGCCUAUUUCCACGCUGUAUCUCUAAAUUAAACUAAACGCCCUCUGCCUGCAUGUAAUGCAUAUCCCUCCAAUCCCUGCAUAUUGAUGUGUCUACAAAAUAAUACAUCUGUAUCCACCACCACUCCUGGCAGCGUGUUCCAGGCACCAACCACUCUCCCAGUAAAAAACAACUUACCCCACACAUCUCCUUCAAACGUUACCCCUCUCACCUUAAAGACAUGCCCUCUAGUCUUUGACAUUUCCACUCUGGGGGAAAAUAGCUCUGACUGCCCACCCUAUCCAUGCCUCUCAUAAUUUUAUAUACCUCUAUCAAUUCUCCCCUCAAUCUCCGGGAUUCCAAUGCACAUUUCUGUAAUGUGGUAUUAGCAUGUGGCUAAUACCACCUAAGGCAGGCAGCGUUCUGGUAACCCUGUUCCAAAGCCUCCACACCCUGUAAUGGGGGCGACCCAGAGCUGUCGGCAAUACUCCAAUUGCAACCCCAACCAAAGUGUUACAGAACUUGCCUUUCAACGCGUGCUGCCCACCACACCCUUGGUAAAAAAUAAACCAUGGCCCACUCAUCCCCCUCAAACAUGUCGCUCUCACCUUCAACCCACGCCCCCUCUCGUCCUUCACAUAAACAACCCGUGCUAGUCUAUGUUUCAAAGUGCCUCUUUUCUGAGCGUUUGUGAUUUCUACCUGGAACUGACUGCCAAGUUUCACAUUUGAGCUGGUCCCAUUUCAAAUGUGCUUACCACUUGUCCAAUGUCGCCCGCUGUAGACUUUAGGUUCCUUCCCGAUCACCAUCGCGAUGACUCUGCCAGAGACCCUGUUACAAACAAGCCAUCAGAUGCUCAUUGGAGAGAUGUUACAACUGCUAAAGUCGGACACAGCACUUGCCUCGUUUGUUUGUCAACAAAAACCUUCUUGUACGUUGUGUAAUUUUGUAAAAUGACCUUGUUGCCUGACCCUUUUGAAUGGAGAAUUUGACUGGUUCCUGACAUAAUGUAAACACCUCUAAUCCACUCGUAAAUUGAUGUGAUUUUUCUCCCCAAUAGUAUAUUUCAUUCAUAAUACAUAGAAAAACAAUCAGGA